ACAUUAUUGUGCUCAGUUCAGGAAAACCAAGAUGCUCAGUUUCGACAUACACUGUUCAUCACUCACUUUGGGUUAAUAAACUGGGUGGUUCGAGCCCUGAAUGCUGAUUGGCUGACAGCCGUGGUAUAUCAGACCGUAUGCCACGGCUGAGGGAUGACAUCGCUGCCUAUUGGCGUGGUUCUCUGCCUAACAGGCUGGAUCACUCUCUACAAACUACUGUGUAAUAACAAUGAAAGCCGUGGCUUUGAGUGGAACUGUAGGCUGGUCACACUGCUCCAUGGCAUCCUGGCGGUCUGCAUAACGGCAUACAUAGGCUAUGUGGAAGGACCUUGGCCCUUCACACAUCCAGGCACAAAGAACACCCCCCUUCAGAUCAGUGCUAUGGUCAUUAGCCUGGGCUACUUCAUCUUCGAUAUGGGCUGGUGUGUGUACUUCCGCACAGAGGGCCCGGUGAUGCUGGUCCACCACACGAUGAGCAUCCUGGGUAUCUUGUUGACCCUGAGCUUGGGGGAAUCGGGCAUCGAGUCCUGCGCCGUAAUCUUUGCUAGCGAGAUCACCAACCCCCUGCUGCAAACUCGCUGGUUCCUGAGACAGUUGGGUCGCUAUGAGAGCCUGACAGGGGAGGUGGUGGAUAUUCUGUUUGUGGUGCUAUUUGUGUUCAUGCGCAUAGUGGUUGGCGGGAGGAUGUUGUACUGCGAGCUCAUCUCCCCACGGCCCAGGUUAAUUAUAAAGUGUGGGGGAGUUGCCAUGUAUGUGCUGUCCUGGGUGUUCAUGGUGGACAUUGGUCGUUUCGCCUACCGCAAGAGUCAAUCCAAAUACAGACGCUGGAGAGACCAACACAAAUUGGCAGCAGUUAACGGACAUGUCGGAAAGACCGACUGAAAGACUUCCUGAUCAUUAGAAGAUUAAUGAAAACAUCCAAUGUUUAUACUAAUAGACAACCUUAAUACAUGUAAUGGUUGUGUAAGCAUGGGGUUAAAGUCAACCCAUUCUUUAGGCCUAUAUGGUUAUAUGGGAAUAUGUUGGUAUUUAGCUAACACAAUGUUAACAAGUGCAAGAGAAUGAUGCAAGAGCAUCUUAAAAAAUGUACAACUGUAGAAAAACUAUAUCUCAAUUGUUUUAUCUUUUGAAACCAAAAGACCUAGUGCCAAUAUGAUGAACAGAUGUAUUUCUCAACCUAUUUACAAUUAAAUGUAACCUAAUAGUAUGUUCUUCUAACCUUGUAUCCAGCAAUAAGUUGACUAUUGGGAAAUAGGCACAUAACAUUCCCUAAUCCUCAUAGGUUCGGCAACACUUUUUCGAGGCAGUGAAAUUGAACCGAAACUGUUUCUUUCUAAUUUGAGUCUUUGUCUCAUUUGAAUUGUAGUACAAUUUAUAAGCCAUUUAAAAACAUUCCAUUUGGUUUUUAGGAAGAGGUUUAUUAACACUCGCUGAGAUUGCAGUGUUACAUGACACUGGCUUUUAUAUAUAACAUACAACUCAGUAAAAAGCUACAUGUUUCUUGUGAUAACUGUCUUUCCAUUUAGCUACAAUAUGGGUUUUUCAUUAAAGCGAACCGCAACAAAUCCGUAACACAUGGAACAAAGUAAUUGUGUAACAUACUGUAAUAGUAUGUUUUUGUGGCAUUCCAUUGCUUGAUUGGGUGUAUAUUAGUUUAAAAUAACAAUUGUUGUGUGCAUGGUAUUGCUUAAAAUGUUCCAGUAUGAUGCUAAGUCACAUUUCCCAAUAUUGUAUGCAUUCAUAUUUGAAAUUCACUACUUUUCGAUGAAAUAUUUCAAUCUGGUGCCUCAAUAGUUAGACAAUGUGGAAUUGUUUGUCAACAUUCACCACCCCUGUGUCUUAGUUAAAAAAUACCAAUGGGUAAACAAUAAUUUGUGCUAAAUGUUUGUGCACUGUAUUGCUUAAAAUGUUCCAGUAUGAUGCCAGGUCACAUUUCCCACUAUUGUAUGCAUUCAUAUUUGAAAUUCACUACUUUUAUAUGAAAUAUUUAAAUAUGGUGUCUAAAAUAGUUAGAUACCAUUCCACAUACUGUAUGUCAACAUUCACUACCCCUGUGUCUGUGAUAAAGGAGAAUAAAUAUGUGUGCCUUUGUGACUUUA